AUGCUCAAAUCCAGGACUCCACUGCCACUGCCUUCAAAAUACAGCAAUGAUACACCUGAGCAGUACCUUGAAAGACUCAUGUCUUUUUAUAAUGAAUACCAUUGGUUGAUUCACGUCUUGGCCUUCAACUUUGUAACGCAAAAAGAAUGGGAAAAGUUUCCACUCGAAUGGAGAGAGGCCCUUAUGAAACGGAUAGAGGAUGCAGGUGAUGAUUGGGCCUUUGCUAUACUUGACCUGACAUCAACAAAGAGUGAUUAUUCGAUAUGGCCAGAAUCAUUGAGAAGUUAUUUGGAGACGGCGAGGGAUCUAGCAUUGCCGAGAGAUGUGGAUGAAGCUACUUUACAGCAACAACGAAACAUCAGUAAGCAUAUUCUGGGUGGCAUGAGUGACAAAAAGGUGCACGAAGUGAAAUUUAUGAGCCAGCUGAUCAAGGUUGUGGCCGAUGAACGAAAAAUCACUUCAGUCAUUGAUCUUGGAUCAGGACAAGGCUACUUAUCUCGGGCACUAGCAUUUGAUUAUGGCUUAGAGGUAUUAGCUGUUGAUAUGUCUGAAAUACAAACACAGGGCGCUGUUAGGUUUGAUAAAAAAGCACUGAAAUCACAAGGCAUCAAAGAAGAGGACGAGGAACAUCACCCGAAUCUAAAGCACGUUACAGAGAAAAUAACGCCCGAGAACAUAUCUCAAGUUCUGGCCAAGUGGAGCCCAGAAUCCAGUGAGGACAAGAAAUGGCUAGUUACCGGCCUGCACACAUGUGGUGAUCUAUCGCCCAUGAUCUUCAACCUGUUUGCUCAGAGUAAAGAAGUUUCUUGCGUCGUCAAUGUAGGCUGCUGCUACAACGCAUUGACUGCAUCAGGGUUUCCUAUGAGUGAGUAUUUGAAGGAAAAGAAGGAUUUGAUCAAGGUCGGAUCUACUGCUCGAGUGCUGUCUUGUCAUUCUCCAUCUCGCUGGGUCGACGAGGGAGAGCAAUGCAUCAAGGCUUUUGACAAUUACUAUUUCAGGGCGCUACUGCAGGAAAUGCUAGUGGAAAGAAACCUGUCAGACAUCAAUGAUCCACCGAGGUUAGGGCGGAUCAAGCAAAACAAAGAGUUUGUGCCAUUUGUCAAAGCAUCUCUCAAGCGAUUGAAAUUGCCACAAGACACCAUCACACCCGAGGAGGCCGAGUUACAUUAUAUUCGAUCCAAAGAGAACCAAGUCGACAAGCAGUUUGUCACAUUAUGGACACUGAGAGGCUUACUGGCACCUAUUGUGGAGAGUAUCAUUCUGGUGGAUCGAUGGCUGUACCUCAGAGACGCUAUUCAGCACAGCCAUGACGAGCACAAAGGAGCAUACAUGUACCCACUUUUUGAUUUAUCUGCCUCUCCAAGAAAUGUCGCUUAUGUUGCUUCAAAAUGA